CGGCAAACUCUGUCGGAAUCGAAUCCUAGCUCAUUACACAAUUGUCCGGCUUCAAGACAACGCUCGCCUGGUCUCAAAAAAAUGACGUUGACAGACGACACUGUCAAGGCGGUGCUGGAAGACCGACCCAGUCGGCUAUCCGAUCUCAAACCCACACAAAGUGAGACCGCAUACUCGAAUCUGGCAUCUCCGGGCAAACCUGGCAACAUUGAGCUCGAGAAUGGAGCCCUCCGCGAGGGAAAGCCACUCCAGUUACUAUCCAAGGAGUGCAUCGGACUGCUGGCUCAGUACGCAGGUGUUGGUUUCCUGGCCGGUGUCAUUCCUGGUGUCAUUUACCCCGUUCUUCAGGGAUACCUUAACGCUGAAGGAACCAUCGUAGUCUCCGCUACUGUAUUGGUACAGAUUCCUUGGUGCUACAAGAUGUUCUUCGGUGUCAUCAGUGACUGCUUCCCUAUCAUGGGCUACCGUCGUCGUCCAUACAUGGUCAUCGGUUGGGUGUUCUGCGUCACUAUUCUCAUCAUUAUGGCGGCGAUGUCGAUCCCUGACCCGUACUACGGCGAUCCCGCGAUGCACAGUAUUGAUGAAGUAGACUGGACUGAUGAUCAGAUUGAUAGUAUUAACGCAAACGCCCCGAAUUCUGCUGGCAAAUACGUUGUGCCCAUGAUGCUCGCAUCAUUUGGCUAUCUAUUGUGUGAGGUUGCCGCUGAUGCCAUGGUUGUCGAGUACGCACAACGUGAGCCUAUUGAGCAACGUGGUCGCGUACAGACGGCUGUGUAUGCAGUUAAGACGUCGUUCACUGCCGUCGGUGCCGCUGUCAUUGCGUUCUUCAUGAACGGAGAGGAAUACGCCGGUAGCUUUGACUUCUCACUCACAUUUCAACAGCUCAUGUUGAUCUCGGGCAUUAUCUGCGCUCCUCUGGUGUUCGUCUCAUGGUUCUUGCUUCACGAAGACCGCGUCAAAGAUAAACCGACAUUUGGAGAGUACAUGUCAUCAUUUUGGGGUAUGCUUCAGCAGCGCGCUAUCUACCAAAUCGUGGCGUACAAGUUCUUCUCUGGAGUCUUCAACAGUUUCAACAUCGUGUCUUCAAGUAACAUUAAGUUGUACUGGGUGCACGCUACGCCGUUCAACAACAGUGUCAUGACUAUCGUCGGUACCAUUUUCUACGCUACGACACUUGCUCUUACGGGCAAAUAUGGUCUAGACUGGAACUGGCGCUAUAUCAUCAUCAUUACUAUGUGCGGAGCUCUAUCGAUCGAUGCCUUUAUGACGAUGCUUACGGUCUGGGAUGUUGUUCGCAACCAGUGGUUCUGGCUCGGUGUCCCUGUUAUUGAGUACCUGCCCGAUGGUAUCCGCUUUAUGAUUGCUACCUACGUUGUCGUCGAGCUGGCUGAGGCUGGCCACGAAGGUGCUCUAUACGGUCUACUGACCGCUACGACGAACUUGACGACCCCGUUCGGUCGUUCCAUGGCUAAGCUUGUCAAUGCUCAGUUCCACGUGUGGCUCAAGGAUAUCCAGGCUGACACGUACGUUGUGCGUCGUGACGUAACCAUCACGAUUUGGAUCUGUUACGGUAUGAAGCUGCUGUCGUUGGCGUUCCUGCCUCUGCUUCCUCGUCAGAAGGCAGAGACACAGGAGUUGAAACGCACGGGCGGAUCUAGCCGAAUUAUGGGUAUCAUCACGGUUGGUUACCUCGCCUUUGCGAUCGUCUGGGCAACUUUGGUGAACUUGCUGUCCAUGUACGAGACCACAAUGUGCUGGAAAAUUACCGGUGGAUGUGCUCCGUCGUCUUAAGUAAGGCAAAGUCCAUCGUAGGCAUGAUCUAAUAUAUAGUGUGAAAGGCCUAUCAUGUCAAUAUCCUACUAGCAUCAGUGUGCCCGUAAGAAACGAAUGCUAGUGUCGAGAUACCAGC